GAGAUUCUGUUUAGCUUCAAGAGUGAUGGAACAAAUACAGUGAUUCACUUACUCAGCGUGUGUGUGUGUUUGUUAGCUAUGGCUCAGACUGAGAAGAAAGCAGGUCUGCUGAGGAGAACGUCCUCCUCAAAGAAACCGCUGAAGGAGAAGGUGGUGCUGAUGUAUGAUGAGAUAUUCAUGAAAGAAGACCCGACUAAGAACAGUCCUCGCUUCUGGGAUGAGCUCUUCUUGAUGAAGGUCAAUCUGGAGUAUCUGGAGGGGAAGCUGGAGUCUCUGGAUGGAGAUGAGUUCAUGAAGAUCAAAGACAACAUCAACAGUUUGUUUCAUCACUGUGUUCAAGCUCUGGCCGAAGAGCACCAGAUCAAAGUAGUCAAUGCUCUUCAGACGCUCUGUGCGCUGUUUAGAGGAGUUCACCAAAAAAACAAAUCCGCCACCGGCUUCGACAUCAUCAACAUGCUGAUAGGCUUCGACAAAGCCGAGCUCAGGAUGAAGGAGCUGAUGGAGAGUCUGGACAGUCUGCUGUGUGGAGACGGAUCCGAGAGCCUCAAGAGUUUGUGUCUAAAACUGCUGCUGUGUCUCGUCACUGUGACCGAUAAUAUUAGCCAGAACACCAUACUGGAGUAUGUGAUGAUCAACAGUAUAUUUGAGGCCAUCUUACAGAUCCUGUCAGAUGUUUCCAGUCGAUCCCAGCAUGGAUAUGAUUCUGUCGUUCUGUUAGCGCUACUGGUCAACUACAGGAAAUAUGAAUCUGUAAAUCCGUACAUCGUCAAAUUAUCAAUAGUGGACGACGAGCCCACACUGGACGGAUUGGGAAUGGUCAUCCAUCAUGCACUUACGGAGUACAACAGGCAGUAUAAAGAAAAAGAAGAGGAAAACCAGGGAGGCUUUUUCUCCACCCUUUCCAGCAUGGUGGGCAGUAUGUUUAUCGCUGAUGCAGAUGAGAAGCUUUCAGUGCAGACAAACGAGGCCAUUCUGCUGGCUCUGUACGAGGCCGUGCAUCUCAACAGAAACUUCAUCACAGUUCUCGCUCAGAGUCAUCCAGAGAUUGACAUGGCAGCUACACCCGCUACACCCGUCCCAGCCUCUCCUACAACACCACUUGGCACAACACCACCCUCUCUGGACUUGAUGAAUAAUCCUGAGCUUCCUCUGGACCCAAACUUGCAGACGAGUAAUCUUCUUAUAACGUUCCUCAAAUAUUCCUCUAUCGUGAUGCAGGACACCAAAGAUGAACACAGACUCAACAGUGCCAGACUAUGCCUCAUCAUUCUGACCUGUAUAGCUGAGGACCAGUAUGCCGAUGCGUUUCUCCACGAUGAUAACAUGAACUUCAGAGUCAACUUGCACCGAAUGCCCAUGAGACAUCGAAAGAAAGCCGCAGAUAAAAACAUCCCCUGUCGGCCUUUAGUGUGUGCUGUGCUGGAUUUGAUGGUGGAGUUUGUUGUGACUCAUAUGAUGAAGGAAUUUCCUAUGGAUCUUUACGUGCGCUGCGUUCAGAUCAUUCACAAGCUGAUCUGCUACCAGAAGAAGUGCAGGGUUAGACUGCACUACACGUGGAGAGAGCUCUGGUCAGCUCUCAUUAACCUUCUGAAGUUCCUGCUGUCUAAUGAGACCGGCCUUCUGGCAAAGCACAAUAUCUUCCAGCUGGCUCUUCAGGUGGUGAACCUCUUUAAUAUGUUCAUCACGUAUGGAGACACGUUCCUGCCGACCCCCAGCAGCUACGAUGAGCUCUAUUAUGAGAUUAUACGCAUGCAUCAGGUGUUUGAUAACCUCUACUGCAUGGUGCUGAGAGUCUCCACCAACGCGGGCCAAUGGAAAGAGCCUGCUAGUAAAGUUACUCACGCUCUUGUCAAUGUCAGAGCAAUUAUUAACCAUUUCAAUCCUAAGAUUGAGUCGUACGCUGCUGUGAACCACAUCUCGCAGCUCUCAGAAGACCAGGUGCUGGAGGUGGUACGGUCCAACUACGAUACACUAACAUUAAAGCUGCAGGACGGUCUGGAUCAGUUCGAGCGUUACUCUGAGCAGCCCAGAGAGGCCGGCUUUUUCAAGGAGCUGGUGCGCUCCAUCAGUCUGAACGUGAGGAAGAACGUGUCUCUGACCACCAUGAGUCAGGACGUCCUGCUGAAGGAGUUCUCCUCCAUAUCCUGAAAACUACGGGACCUUUGUCCUGAGUUUAGGACCCUCCAUACUGACACAUCUAUCGCUCCACACAUCUGAGGCUUCUCAAUGUUACAGCAGACUUUUCCAGAGGACACAGCUGGAUUACUGAUGCGGUGUGUGAGGUUGGUUGCACUCAGAACAGACUCAGAAAAAACGAACACACAAAAAAAGCAGCAAUCAGCCAGACUUUGCACAAUGUGAAUUUUGAUUCUGACUACACGGUAUUUUUAUUUUUUCUUUCUCUCUGGUGCAGUUUCUGUCAUGUAUUCUUCAUUGCCUUAGUACCAAACUGAUGAAACCAAUGUCUUCUGUUCUUUAUAUGCCGCUUUCGUGUCCAGAUGUGUGAACGGAAAUAAAAUAGCGAAAGAAAACUGGAAAGGAAAUGUCUAGGUCAACGAAAUAAAGCUGUCAUGAUUUACGAUUUGAUUUCUGACCAAUUCUGAUUACUAUAAUGCCAAAUAAAAGAAUUCU